CUCGAGUUACUCACAAACGGGUUUGGUGCGUUUCGCUUGUUGUUUAUUUAUCCGGUGGCGGUGCACAAACUGCGUGAAAAGAAGACGCGGAUAUUCCGGACUAAGUGACAUAUCAGGAAUCUCAGAACUAUAAACAAAUAAAAAAGGGAAGUCUGUUCACUCUGUAAAGACAAGGAAGGAGUGAAUUGCACUCAGGAGAGUUUAUUUGUACACGGCAGUGUUGAGUGACACCUAGAGUUGUACUGCAUCUUGGCCUUGAAACACCGGCAACGAUUAGUUUGACAACGCUUGGAACCUGCACAGUUGCACUUGGAACCGGUUUACCUGUGACAGACCAUAAAGUGUUAAACCACAAUGGGGAUCUUCAUCGGCGGUCUCGUGGCCGUGAUCGUCUUCUACAUCCUCAUCCUGGUCAUAGGAAUCGUGGCGGCGCGCAGGUCCGGACACUUCUUCACAAACAUCGACUCAAAAGAGGUGAUGCUAGCUGGACGCAAGAUAGGACUGUUUGUUGGCUGUUUCACAAUGACAGCGACAUGGGUCGGUGGCGGCUUCAUCAACGGAUCAGCGGAGGCUGUGGUCAAAGAUGGGUUGGUGUGGUGCCAGGCGCCACUCGGAUAUGGCAUCGCCCUCAUGUUCGGUAAGUUUCUUACUAAUUAAAGCAGCAAUGUCGGG